CCCCUUUGAAGAGGGCGGCCGGCACCUCGCGGCGGCCCCCUCCGCCCGUCCCUGUCUGGGUGGCUCUCAGGUCGCCUUGUCAAUCACCGCCCGCCCGGGAGCCGCAGGGCUGCGCCGCGCUCGCGCCGCCACCCGACAGGUUGCAAAGUCAUUAAUUACUUACUCGGCCAUGCAGGUUUGCGCUCGGGCGGCUGCAGCUCUCUCGCUGCUGUCGCCUCCUCGCCGCUGCCCAUGGAGCAUUAGAGCGCACCAUGGCCGCGCCUCUCGCCUUCUCCGGCCCGGCGCUGCUCUUGCUGCUGGCCUGUGCCCUGCGCGCUAAGGACAGUAGUGAGGGAGAAGAUGCAGAUGGGACCUGGAAUGAAGAGGUGACCAAGUGGUGGGGCGAAUGGAGCUCUUGGUCCACGUGCUCUCGCACCUGUGGAGGGGGUGUGAUGUCGCGGGAAAGGCACUGUUUACAGCAGCGGCUACAAGCGUCUCAGGGGACCAACAGUACCAUGUGUCUAGGCCAGUCCAAACACUACCAAUUGUGCCAACAACAGCUUUGCCCCGCCAACGCAGCCAGUUUCAAACAGCAUCAGUGUGCCAGUUUCAACGCCAAGGCCUUUGGGAAGCGCUAUUACCACUGGAUGCCCCUUUACCCAGAUGAUUACACCAGCAUCUCCAACAAGCCGUGUGAUCUCCAGUGCACCACCAGGGGUGGAGAGAGACAGCUCAUGGCACGGGCCCAGGAUGGCACCUCUUGCAAAGACAGGACUCUCCAAGGGGUCUGCAUUACUGGGAAGUGUGAGCCGAUAGGAUGUGAUGGCAGCCUCUAUUCUUCCCAGGCGAUGGAUCGGUGCCGGGUGUGUGGAGGAGAUGGAAGCACUUGCUACAGAGUCUCAGGCAGUUUCCGGAAAGGGAUCUCACAGUUAGGGUAUGUAUUUAUCACUAACAUCCCACCUGGUGCUAUGGACAUUCUUAUAAUCGAGCAAAGGAAAACUGAAAACAUCUUGGCACUAGCUGACGAAUCCGGGCACUUCUUCUUCAAUGGGAACUCUGCCAUCGACAACCCACAGAACUUCCGGGUGGCUGGCACUGUGUUCAAAUACCGUCGGCCUUCCAACCUCCACUCCGAUGGGCUGGAGUAUAUAAUUGCCCAGGGGCCCACCAAUCAGUCUCUGAACGCCAUGUACUAUAACUUUAAUGGGAAAAUGCCCCAUGUAACUUAUGACUACACGGUGCCACGAACGCUGUCAACCGCUCUGCAAACUGUCCCUCCAGCGUUCAAGAUGCCUCUUUACCUUCAUCUACCGGAGCCCAGCCAUAACCAAGAUGCAAUCCCGUCCAUUUCUCAAGAUUUCAAUGCCACUUGGAUCUCGCUUGCAGCAGAUGACCUUGGAGAACGUUUCCCACAAGGGGAAGAACAUGGCGGCAUGACCUUCAGUAGCCAGAACUUCUUUCCAAGAAAUUCCACAACACCAGGCAUGGACUGGGGCUGGAAACAUGGGGAAGAGGGGGAAAGUUUUAGCUUCCAACUCCAACGACUAUACCACGCCAAUGGACCUGAUGAAGCGGAAGAAGUGGGAGUAGGCAAAGAAACGGAUUUGGCUCUCAGACUCAACCAUAUCACAAUCAGCACAGCCGUCCCUCAUGGUGUACCCAGGCCCGAGCUAGAGACUGGAAGAAUCGUGACGUCCAGACUGCGACUCUUCAAGAAACUGUGUCUUCGGGACCCACGAAAUGCUGCUUUUUGCAGGGAAUUGCACUACCUAGUGGUCAAGCUGGGAAGGAAGAAUUCAACAGUGGGGUUUUGGAAUGACCCCUUAGUAGAAUGGCCAGAAGGACUGCGCAAACAGCCAGCAAAUGAGAACUUUCUAGACAGCACGAAGACUGAGGCAUACACACUAGAUGAGGCAACAAACGACACUGUGAGGGUGACAUCUUCCAAACCCAGCGCCAAGUCCAGCCUUCAUAAUGACUUUGGGAAUAAACACCUGUCAGAACCUCUGCAGUCUCCUGGGACUGAAAGCAACGACUUUGAGCUGAACCCCCUCGGCCACGAUGACAUCAGCCUGGCUGACAUGUAUCGCUGGAAAGUGUCCGCCUAUGCUCCAUGCAGCUCCACGUGCACCUCAGGGAUUAGCACCUCCUAUGCCCUGUGCAUUCGCUACGAUGGCGUAGAAGUGGAUGAGGCAUACUGUGAUGCGCUGACACGUCCAGAACCCACUCACGAAUUCUGUGCAGGCCGAAAUUGCCAGCCUAGGUGGGAGACCAGCCGGUGGAGUGAAUGUUCCAGGACAUGUGGGGAAGGCUACCAGUACCGAACGGUGCGCUGCUGGAAGAUGCUGGCUCCAGGCUUUGAUAGCUCUGUUUAUGACGACCUGUGUGAGACAGCUGGUCUGACCAGGCCCAUGGAAAGGAAAUCGUGUGUGAACAAACCCUGUGGGCCACAAUGGGAACUGUCAGAGUGGUCUGAGUGUUCUGCUUGGUGUGGCGGUCCAGGGACCAUGAAGAGGGAGGUGCGCUGCUCGGUUGAGCCACAUCUGUGCAACAAGUCACUGAGGCCUAUCAGUGAGAAGGAAUGUUCAGGCCCUCCCUGUGACCGCCACUGGACUGCUUCUGACUGGGGACCAUGCUCAGGUCUGUGUGGUGAGGGACGGAUGAACCGCUUCGUCACAUGCCGCAAUUUGGAGGGGCAGGUGAUCUCGGACUCCCAGUGCGAUCCAGACACCAAGCCUCUAGCAAUUCAUCCCUGCGGAGACAAGAACUGCCCUGCACAUUGGGUUAAGCAGGAAUGGGAUCAGUGCAAUGCCACAUGUGGCCGAGGCGUCAAGACUCGGAUCGUGCUGUGUGCAGGGCUGGAGCACGGUGUGUACAGGGAGUAUCCGGAGAAGCAGUGUGAUUCUUUCCCAAAGCCAGAAGUGCAGGCAUCCUGUUUCAAGAGACCCUGUUCCACAUGGUUUUCAACUUCCUGGUCCCAGUGCAGCAAGACGUGUGGCACAGGUUUGCGGGUCCGAGAGGUGAAAUGCUACCAAGGAGAAACCUUAGGGCAGGGCUGCGAUUCAUCUUCCAAGCCUGAAGCUAAGCAACUUUGCCAGCUACAGCUGUGUCCUACAGAUGCUCCAGAUGAGGACUGUGAAGACAAAGCAACAGCUAACUGCGUGCUGGUCCUGAAAGUGAAGCUCUGUUCCCACUGGUACUACAGGAAGGCCUGCUGUAGAUCUUGUAGGAAUAAGGCACUCUGAUUCCCUCCACCUGACUGUCUGAAAAGUGUCCUGCCAGAAACAAGGAUUGGGAUUGAAAUCCACAUUCUGCAGCAGAAGCUAAACCAUCAGCUUCCAAGGAUCCCCGUUCCUCAUUCCCCCCCCCCCCCCCGAAAACAUUACCUAGCUGCUCAAAUCCUUUAGGUAGCACUCAAAAAGGACCCUGUUCAUGAGGCCUUUCAAAAUACUACACAGCCAGCCUCAGGACCUAAGCUCAAACUGCCAGAAACAGACAUUUUGCCACGCUAAGAGAAAAGCACAAUCCCUUCUGCCCCCACCCCUAUGCUGGACUGCUACCUUUUUCUUGAGUUAUCAGCCGCCUUCCCACAGUCAGCUGGCUGUCUCCAUGGAUGUCCACAUCCUGUUCCUUCUGUACAGCAGUGUGAACUCUGACUUCUGAAGAAAAUACUGGUACUUAGGCAUUUAUAUAGCACUUCAGAGCAUUUAGAGGCCCUCACGUACGUUGCCUUGUGAGGUGGGUCAUCUCAAUAUUUCAGGUAAAGGAGCGAAAGGUGAGAGAAAGAGGCUUGCCUGAGGUAACUGAACGAGUUUAUGGAUCCAGAAGCAAUUAGGCCCCGAGGUGUUGGUGGGGGGCAAUGUUGCACCAACUCUGCAAAGCCAGUGCAUAUGGUAUCCACACACAGCCCAUAUUAUUCCGGUGGCAUUCAGAAGAAGAAUGGAAGCUUGGAUGAAAGGCACAAUGAAGGACAACUCAACUCCCUGGCUUAAGAACUUGGUGCUUUCUCUUUUUUUCAGCUGCAUCCAGCUUAGAUCUUGGAACACAGGAAGGUGUUUGGAAGAACAUUAUAGUGAGGGGCAGAGGUUAGCUGUGAGAAACAACGCUUUCAAUAGAUGUGGCACGUUGCCCGUGUUUAACAGCUUUUCAUCCAGCAGAUCACUGUUUUUCAAAAAAGCAUCACUUUCAAAUAAAGAGAGCGAGAUAAACACCU